CCACCCGCGCCGGUAACGACGCCAGUUGGUGACAACUGGAACAUGGGUGGCUAUGCCACAUGGUUCGCGCAGAACAACAAUGCAGGCGCGUGUGGACAAGUUCAUGGGGAUGAUGCCAUGAUCGCCGCGAUAGAUCAUCACCGCUAUGGUGAUGCUGGCGUGAAAUCUCCGUUGUGUGGCCGCCGUGUUAAGAUCGUUGACACUGAUAAUGGUCAUUCAGUCACCGUGACCAUCGCGGAUGACUGCCCCACUUGCAGCAAUAAGAACUCGAUUGAUUUGAGCCAAGGCGCAUUCCAACAGCUCGCUAAAUUGGAUAUCGGGCAGCUUCCCAUCAAGUGGAUGUUCGUUGACUGA